CCGUCGCAUCACGUGCGCGCGGCGGGGUGACGUCACUCGGCGGAGCCGGCCGGCGAUGCGGGAGAAUUCUGUUUAACAGUGAUCAUCAGCUACAAUUAUGGCCACUGCCAGUGGUGAGGUACACCAUCCUGUAGAUCCUGGAAUCUCAAAGCUGCAGUUUGCUCCCUUCAGUAGUGCCUUGGAUGCAGGAUUCUGGCACGAACUAACCCAGAAGAAACUCAAUGAAUACCGACUGGAUGAGACCCCCAAAGUUAUCAAAGGAUACUACUACAAUGGUGAUCCUUUGGGUUUGCCAGCUCGCUUGACAUUGGAGUUUAGUGCCUUUGAUAUGAACGCUUCGAUACCAGCACGUUGCUGUCCUGCUUUUGGAACAUUGUAUAAUACCAACACUUUUGAGACUUUCAAAUCCUGUGAUAAAAAAUCACUUCUGGAAAAAGAAGCAAAUGAGAUAUGGGAAUCAAUAAAAUCUGGAGCUGCUCUUGAAAACCCCAUGCUCUUGAACAGAUUCCUGCUGCUGACGUUUGCAGAUUUAAAAAAGUAUCACUUCUAUUACUGGUUUUGUUACCCUGCUCUCUGCUUUCCCAAUGGAAUACAUGUAAUUCAGAAACCAGUGUGUCUUGGUGAGAGGUUCUCAUUAAAUCAGAUUCAAGCACUUCAGAAAGCAUAUGAUGAUCUUUGCCAGAAAGAGGGGGUUACAGCCCUGCCUUAUUUUUUAAUCAAGUAUCAUGACAAUUCUGUCAUGAUAUCUCUAUUGAAAAAGUGGGAUGCUUUCUUUCAAGACCAAGGGGGAAAGGUGACAGUUGGAGUUUAUGAUCCAUGUAAUUUAUCCCACUAUCCAGGAUGGCCACUGAGAAAUUUCCUGAUCCUGGCAGCCCACAAUUGGGGCAACAUUCUUCAGACGGUUGAAGUGCUCUGCUUCAGAGACAGGACCAUGCAAGGGGUGAGGGACAUAACACACAGCAUUAUCUUUGAAAUAAAACUUCCAGAGAAACCCCUUGGCCCAGAUUGUCCAAAAGCUGUUGGAUGGGAGAAAAACCAGAAGGGAGGCAUGGGUCCAAGGAUGGUGAAUCUCAGUGAAUGCAUGGAUCCAAAAAGGUUAGCAGAAUCAUCCGUGGAUCUUAAUUUGAAAUUGAUGUGCUGGCGUUUGGUGCCUACUCUGGAUUUGGAAAAGAUUGUGUCUGCCAAAUGUCUGCUGCUAGGAGCUGGUACACUGGGUUGUAGUGUUGCAAGGACCUUGAUGGGCUGGGGAGUCAGGAAGAUCACGUUUGUGGACAACGCAAAGAUCUCCUACUCCAACCCUGUGCGGCAGCCGCUGUACGAGUUUGAAGACUGUCUGAGUGGGGGGAAGGCUAAGGCACUUGCAGCAGCAGACAGGCUACUGAAAAUUUUCCCAGGAGUGAGCUCAGAAGGCUAUAACAUGAGCAUCCCUAUGCCAGGCCACCCAGUGAAUUUUUCUGAGGUAACAAUGGCACAGGCUCGGAAGGAUGUGGCUAAACUUGAAGAGCUUAUUGAUGCUCAUGAUGUUGUUUUCCUACUAAUGGACACUAGAGAGAGUCGAUGGCUUCCUGCUGUCAUUGCAGCCAGUAAGAGGAAGUUGGUCAUCAAUGCUGCCUUGGGAUUUGACACUUUUGUUGUUAUGAGACACGGCCUAAAGAAACCGAAACAGCAAGAAUCUGGUGAUUCGUGUUUCAGCAAUGCUUCUGGCUCUUCUGAUCUUUUGGGAUCGUCACUCUUUUCAAAUAUCCCUGGCUAUAAACUGGGCUGCUACUUCUGCAAUGAUGUUGUGGCACCAGGGGAUUCCACCAGGGAUCGGACACUGGACCAGCAGUGCACAGUCAGUCGCCCUGGAUUAGCCAUGGUAGCUGGAGCCCUUGCAGUGGAAUUAAUGGUUUCGGUUUUACAGCAUCCAGAAGGUGGUUAUGCUGUGGCCAGCAGUAGUGAUGAUAGAAUGAAUGAGCCCCCUACUUCUCUUGGACUUGUUCCUCAUCAGAUCCGAGGAUUCUUAUCAAGAUUUGAUAACGUUCUUCCCGUCAGCCUGGCAUUUGAUAAGUGCACAGCCUGCUCAGCCAAGGUCCUGGAGCAGUAUGAACGAGAAGGGUUUAGUUUCCUUGCUAAAGUUUUUAAUUCUUCACAUUCCUUCUUGGAAGACUUGACAGGUCUAACUUUAUUACACCAGGAGACACAAGCUGCUGAGAUCUGGGACAUGAGUGAUGAUGAAACAAUCUGAAAUCAGCUGGAUAAGGAGGGGGAUGACCUGGACUGCAGCCCCACCUUUAUCUUUUACCUGACAAGUUAAUGAUUGCUUACCCACUCUGACUACUGCAAAUACAAAUGUAAUCCACAUUUUGACAUUAAUAACUUCACCUUAAAAGCAGUCUGUUAUGGACAGAACUCUCCAUGUUUUCAUUUUUAUUUCGUAAAUAACUAAAGCAGUGUUGGUUAUGUUUAAACUUGGUCUUUUUUUUUUUUUUUUUUUUUUAGUUUCUAAAUACAGCUUACAUAUAAAAUACACUGCUUAAAUAAACUUUGGAGGUUUAUUUGUCCCAGGUUUUACUUUGCUUGUCAAGGGACACAUGGAAGCAGCAUGUCUUUUUUCAUCUUUCUCAGAUUUGUGCCCCUUUUGUUGGAAUCUGUUGUUAAGACUGAAUAUGUUCUGCUACUGGGAAUUGAACUUCAUCUUUAAAGGAGAGCAGGAGUGGGUAAGAACCCACACCUUCUGCUUCCACCACAUUGCUUUUAUCUCCAAGCACAUAUUUACAGUACAUUGUUCUUGAUGUGUCAGUGCAGGUGUUCCUCUCUGUAGAGAUCUCAUCAUUUCGUGCUAUGGCAACAAUGUGGUUUGACUGACUUUGCUCAGAAAAGACCAGAAUGCAUUUUUAUGAUGAUGAAGCUUUCCUGAAGGUCAGAGAAGGAUCUGUUAUAUAGUAAACAAAAGUGUUUUAGGGAGUGGAUCACUGAUUCAGUCAAAACUUCUAAAAAAAUACUUAAAUGAAAUAAGAAAUUGGUUCUCUGACUCUUCUGUUCUUGGAUGUGGUCCUGCAGUACUUUAUAGAUGUUAAAAAGGAGCAGUUCUGGUUGGUUUUUGUUGUUGUUGUUGUUCAUUUAAGUCUUUCCAUUUUCACAGCAUCAAGAAUGGUUCCAGAGAUCAUGGCUGAGCACAAACAGUAAUUUGAGAAUCCUCAAGUUUAAUGGAUAACUUGAGGAAAAGGACUUGUAAAAUAUCAAAGUAAAUUACUACAGAAUUGAAUCUAUUGCUUUUAAUAUGGAAUAGGUUUUAGAAGGAUAUUUUAAAUCUCUUAUACAGCUUUAUAUUGUGGGGUUUAUGGGCUAACUCACUAAGAAAAAGUGUAAAUCCCUUAAUCUGCCAAGCAGUCUCUGUUUCCCAUAUAUAUGAAAAUGAGUUGCUCUAUCCAAUUAUUUUAGUUCCUUAACAUAAGCUCUGAAUAUUUCUUGUAGAGAAUUUCACAGCUUCUCUCUGUGCCAUCAGAAGUUCCUUCACAUCAAGGAUAUCUACAGCUCCCGUGCUCUGACCAUAAAAGAAGAUUUAUUGAAACAUGCUGGGGUUUGCACGAAGUGUCUAAAACAGGAGUUAUUUGUAUUUAUUUUAACUAUCCUCUUCAUAGAUUUACAUGAUUUUUUUAUGUAGCAUAGUGUCUAGUUUAAUUAACUGCAUAGUAAUAAAAAAAUAUUAAUGCAAUAUAUUUUUGAAAGGCUAGUAAUGGUAGUAAACUGAUCUUUUGGAGGUCAGGCACUAAGGUUGAUAACAUUCCAUGUACAUUUUUAAAGCAGUUUGUUAAAUUACAUACUUAGUUUGGAGCUCAAAUGACUUCCAUGUUGUUAUCCAUGUCGUUGUCCAGCUGGAGCUAUGAAUUGGUAGCAGGGCAGUUUAAAGGGAAUAAUCUGCUUUUUUAUCUUUUGAAGUUGCUGACCCUGGGAGUGUGAAUGUCUUUGCAGAAUUUGGUUAUCUAAAACUUGAAAGCUGAAUCUGAUAAACAUUAAUAAUUAAGUAUUUGAAACUCUGCUUAUCCUGUUAAAGUUACCUUGUAGCUUUGCAUUGGAAGUAUCUGUUUAAGUGCAGAAGAGCACAAGGCAGGAAGGUUCAAAACUCAGGGUUAAUGUAAUGUUUCCUUACCUCUGUAUUUUCAGUAACAUACAGCUCUCUGAGGCUGAGCUGUUUCCUGAACAUAUGCUCCCCAGAUGUCUCUGAUGUUCAAAACCACUUCAGUUUGAUUUGGAAUAACUUCCGUUUUCUAAAUGUAAUGUUGUUUUCUUUCUCCUUGUGGACCAGAAUUCCUCUUAUUUUGCUUUUACUCAAUUUCUAGGCAUUUACUGAGUGAGAAAUUGUGAGAAUCCUGUUCAAAUGAAUGAAUGCACAUUCACAUACUAUUAGCAGAUAAGCACAUUUAUUU